AUUAAUUGCCUUGUAGCAUCCUCAAGGUAUCGAUCAAUUGAAUUAGAUUUCAUCUCGGGCAAGAUGUGCCAAACGUCUUAGGGAGCUGGGGCAAACAGCCGCGUCGGCUCAUCCGCCUUGGAGAGGAUCCCGCAGGGGCUGCUGCAGUGGGCCCCCCCCCCCCAGCUUCCUGUGCCACCCAAACCCAGGUGAUCCUACCCAGAUCAUCUGAGCCUCCCGCCUGAACGGUCCGACUUUGCUCCAUCUCCCUUCUCAGCGGAAAACCUCUACAAAGAUUCCCCAUGAAGGGCGAAACUCCCGUCAACAGCACAAUGAGCAUAGGACAAGCUCGCAAAAUGGUGGAGCAGCUGAAGAUUGAGGCCAGCAUGUGCAGAAUAAAGGUGUCCAAAGCGGCAGCCGACCUGAUGACCUACUGCGAUGCCCACGCCUGUGAGGAUCCCCUCAUUAGCCCCGUGCCAACCUCGGAAAACCCCUUCCGAGAAAAAAAGUUCUUCUGUGCCCUGCUUUGAACUAUUUUUGCUCCCUCCCCUGAUGCCGGGUCCUGCCUCCUUCCUUUCCCCCCAUCCCCAGAUACUCAUCAGUCAGUGCGGAGUCCGGUGGCUCUAUCAUUGGGGGCAGAGAAGGGGGGGCUCCACGGCAGAUCGGUUUUCUCCUGCAGAGCCCCCCCCUCGACUCCAUUUUCCCAGGCUCCCAAAAUCAGGAUGAGCAGCAGAACCUCUUUUAACGGCUCUAAUUCAACAGCCCCACUUCCCCCUUGAAGGAGGGGAGCUGCUGUUUGCUCUGAGGGGGUGGGGGAAAAAAUCAGGGUACCGGAGUACCCCCCAAUUAGAGCAAAAGGAGAUCAGGCAUUAUCUGUAAGCCCUUGGAUCCAACCUAGGGGGUUUCGUUCCAGUAUUAACGUCCAGCCUCCCCACCACCUUCACCUUGGCUAAAGUUUAGCUCCGAAUCAAGGUGUUGAACCGGGUCCUCUCCUCUCUCCCCCCUGCCCCAAAUUCUCCCCAUGGAAGGGCACCAGCUUUCCACGACAGGCCCAGAUGGUUCUUCUCACAACUCUCCACCCAUUCUGUACACCAGAGAGCACAGAAAGUUAAUAAAAUUUACUGGAGUCAGUGUAACCGAUUAGUGGUUGAGCUAGACCACUUGGGGACGGGGUGGGAAGGUAUUAAGGGUUUACUCCAAAGGAUCUCCAACCCAGAGUUUUCCAGGAUAGGAGAUACACAACCUUCAAGAUGUUCUGAAUUGCAAUGCACUCUUUGUGAUCAAUAAAAAUGAGGGGGUGGAAGCGUUCCCGUCCCCCAAGAUUCUCCCUCUUGGGGAGAAUGAGCUGGCGCUGAGCCAUAAUGUGAACCCAGUCUGGGUUUCCUUUAUGGAUCCGUUGGUGUGCAAAUCAAAACAAGUGGGGUUUGUUCAAGCAAUGGUAGCUUAGGAAAAAGGUCUGAGGCCAAAGCAAAGGAACCAGAAAUGAAAAGGUGCCACUUGGGAUUUGAAGGAAAACAACAUCCAGGUGAAAAUCUCUGGUUUGGGCCACCAGCUGACACGGGGGGCAGGGGGAGAUGGUCACAGGCCUGGUUUGAGGGCAG